ACUCACACGGUCUGGGCUGGGUCUGCGUGCUGCUUACAAGGAGAGGCACUCUUGUAUUUAUGGUGGUACAGUGAUAACCUGAGCAUUUUUUUCUUUUCUUCCCUUUUCCUUUUGCUUUGCACACAAGGAAGGCUCAUGUCUUUCUUAUAGACAUGAUGAGCUUUGUGCAUUUAAGGACUUUCCUUUUUCUGGUGGUCACCAUAGCUCAAGUUUUGAUUGUUACAUGUCAAAACGACGAUGCCAAAAGCUGCAAAGCAGAUGGCCAGGUGUACACGAACCAGGACAUCUGGAAGCCGCAGCCAUGCCGGAUCUGUGUUUGUGACAACGGUCAAGUCCUGUGCGAUGAAAUCCAGUGCGAGGAGCUGAAUAACUGUGAGAAAAUGUACGUACCUGAAGGCGAGUGCUGCCCUGUGUGUCAGACGGACCCACCCAACGGUGGAGGGACGGGCACGUUUGACGGGACCAGGAUCUAUAAGGGUCAGAAGGGUGAACCCGGGGAUGUCCCACUUGUGACUGGUAUUAGAGGCCGCCCUGGACCUAUGGGACCUCCCGGCUCACCAGGAGGAAGAGGACCAUAUGGAAACAAAGGAAGGCCUGGACCACGGGGCUCUCCGGGUUAUGAUGGAGAGCCAGGGGUGCCAGGCCAGCCUGGUGAGCCAGGACCUCCAGGACAUCCGACGCACCCAGGAGGUCUGGGAUCCCAGAUAGCUGGAGUUGAUGGGAAAACAGGACCCCAAGGCAUGUUAACUGGCUCAAGGGGAGAGGCUGGAGCACGAGGACCUCCUGGGCCCGUCGGCUCGCCUGGCCAAGCUGGACCACAAGGACCUCCUGGAGAAGUUGGUGACCCAGGACAUUUGGGUCCAUCUGGCCAAAGAGGACCUGAGGGCCCUCCAGGGAAGCCAGGUGAAGAUGGAGAACCAGGCAAAUCAGGAAAUUCUGGAGAAGUUGGCUUCCCUGGAUCACCAGGGGCUAGAGGAUUUCCAGGUACACCCGGGCCUCCUGGACUGAAGGGUCACAGAGGCCACGGUGGACCACUUGGUCAAAAAGGAGAAAAUGGAGCUGUUGGAUCCAAGGGCGCCCUAGGGCCUCCUGGUCCAAUGGGAGCACCUGGACCCAUGGGUCCUGCUGGGAUGCCAGGGGAGAGAGGAAGGUCUGGACCCAGCGGUAUACCAGGUAAACGUGGAUCACCUGGUAAUGUUGGAAAACCUGGUCCAAUGGGUCCCUUGGGUCUCAGUGGCCCACCUGGAUAUCCAGGAACCCCAGGAAUGAAGGGACAACCUGGCCCCACAGGAGUACGGGGUCCUGAAGGCCCACAAGGACAGAGAGGAGAGACUGGACAUCAGGGCAGAGCUGGACCAGUUGGCCUCAGGGGACCUGCAGGUGGAGAUGGUGGCCCAGGCGCGAAAGGACCAGUGGGCCAUCUUGGUCCACAAGGUCCAGGCGGCCAUCUUGGACCUCCUGGACCACCAGGACCUCAGGGCAGCACUGGCCAGCCUGGUAUCAAAGGGCAACUGGGAGAUGUUGGUGUACCGGGAUUUAAAGGAGAGGCUGGACCCAAAGGAGAACCUGGCCCGCCAGGCUCCCAGGGAGUGAUUGGACCUCAGGGUGAAGAAGGAAAGCGAGGACCACGUGGAGACUCUGGCUCUGUCGGCCCUCCUGGUCCUGUCGGUGAGAGAGGCGCUCCUGGUAACAGAGGAUUCCCUGGUGCUGAUGGGCUGCCUGGACCUAAGGGUGCUCAAGGAGAUCGAGGAAUAUCUGGCCUACCAGGACCUAAAGGUGCUCUCGGAGACCUUGGCCGUACAGGAGAACCUGGUCUACCAGGUGCAAGGGGUCUUACUGGUACCCCUGGAGUCCAGGGGCCAGAGGGUAAGCCAGGACCACUGGGUGCCCCUGGUGAAGAUGGUCGUCCAGGUCCUGCAGGGUCCAUUGGAAACAGAGGGCCCACAGGAAUCAUGGGAGUACCAGGACCUAAGGGCUUCAGUGGUGACCCAGGAAAGACAGGUGAACAAGGAUCUCCAGGAGUGUCUGGUCAAAGAGGUCUGCCUGGAAAAGAUGGAGAAGUCGGCCCUGCCGGCCCCCCUGGUCCACCAGGUGUUGCAGGAGAGAGAGGAGAGCAAGGACCUCCAGGUGUAAAUGGAUUCCAGGGUUUGCCUGGAAAUCAAGGCCCUCCUGGAGAACCUGGAAAACCAGGUGAUCAAGGUAUUCCCGGAGAGCUCGGCGCUGUGGGUCAGAUUGGACCAAGGGGUGAACGUGGAAUUCCUGGAGAGAGAGGAGAACUUGGUCCAGUUGGUCUGCAGGGACCUAAAGGAAUACCUGGUGCACCUGGUCCAGAUGGCCCAAAGGGUAGCCCUGGUCCUCCUGGUGCACUCGGUGAUGUGGGUCCUCCAGGCCUUCAGGGAAUGCCAGGAGAGAGGGGCAUCUCUGGGCCUCCUGGGCCAAAAGGUGACAGAGGAGCAGUUGGUGAGAAAGGAUCAGAAGGUACACCUGGCAAUGAUGGCGCAAGAGGGGCCCCAGGUCCUCUUGGCCCACUGGGACCUGCUGGACCUAGUGGUGAGAAGGGAGAACCUGGACCCAAAGGACCAGCUGGACCUGUAGGAUCCAGAGGAAUGCCUGGAUCAAGAGGUGAUCCUGGCCCAAUUGGUCCUGUUGGAUUUGCUGGACCCCCGGGUCCUGAUGGCCAACCUGGAGUCAAGGGAGAGCCUGGAGAGCCAGGCCAGAAAGGAGAUGCUGGAUCACCAGGACCUCAGGGCUUGGCUGGUUCCCAUGGACCUCCUGGUCCAGUUGGUGUUGCUGGACUGAAAGGUGGAAGAGGAACACAGGGUGCACCAGGUCCCACUGGCUUCCCUGGCUCUGCAGGAAGAGUCGGACCACCAGGCCCAACUGGUCCACUUGGAGAACCUGGACCUCUGGGACCUCCUGGGAAAGAGGGUCCUGCUGGUCUCCGUGGAGACAAUGGAUCGCCUGGAAAGGCAGGAGAGCGAGGACCACCCGGGCCACCUGGCAGCCCUGGAGACAAAGGAGACUCUGGAGAAGAUGGACCCACGGGUCCUGAUGGUCCUCCAGGCCCAGCUGGAACUACAGGACAGAGAGGCAUCGUGGGUCUUCCAGGUCAGAGAGGAGAGCGUGGGAUGCCAGGCCUUCCAGGACCGGCGGGUCCACCAGGAAAACAGGGAUCCACAGGAUCCUCUGGAGAAAAAGGCCCCCCAGGCCCAGUUGGUGUUCCUGGUGCUAAUGGACCUCGUGGUGAUCCUGGUCCUGAUGGCCCUGCAGGAUCUGAUGGCCCACCAGGAAAGGAUGGUGUUCUUGGACAAAGGGGAGGCCGAGGAGAUCCUGGUCCAGAGGGCCUGGUUGGCCCACAGGGACUUCCUGGCCCUCCAGGUCCUGUUGGUGCACCAGGUGAUGCUGGCAGGAGAGGAGAUGCUGGCUCAAGAGGACCCGUUGGUCCACCUGGCUCAGCUGGAAAGAGAGGAUUAGUGGGACCUCAAGGACCAAGAGGUGAUAAGGGAGAUCUGGGUGAUCAUGGAGAGAGAGGGCAGAAGGGACAUCGAGGUUUCACUGGAUUGCAGGGUCUUCCCGGACCUCCAGGUACAACAGGUGAGCAGGGAGCUCCCGGAAUCGUUGGACCGAGCGGCCCAAGGGGGCCUCCUGGACCUAUUGGGCCUCCUGGAAAGGAAGGAUACAUUGGACAGCCAGGGCCAAUGGGACCUCCUGGAACUCGUGGAAUCAGUGGCGAAAUUGGACCAGAGGGCCCUCCAGGGGAGCCCGGACCCCCAGGACCUCCAGGACCACCAGGCCCUCCCGUUGCUGCUAUAGACGACCUCUUUGGUGGCCCUCAGGAUUAUGACUCUGACCCUCCCCCUCCCCCUGAGUUCAGCAAAGAUGAGGCUCAGCCUAAAAGCAACUCUUCCACCGUAGUGCCUGUUGACCCUGGGGUCCAGGCCACACUGAAGGCCCUCAGCAGCCAGAUCGACAGCAUGAAGAGCCCAGACGGCAGCAGAAAACAUCCCGCUAGGACCUGUGACGACCUGAAGAGAUGCUACCCCGCGAAGAAGAGUGGUGAAUACUGGGUGGAUCCAAACCAAGGCAGUGUGGAGGAUGCCAUCAAAGUGCACUGCAACAUGGACACGGGAGAGACCUGCAUCUCCGCCAGCCCGUCCAGCAUGCCCCGUAAAGUGUGGUGGAGCUCUUCCAGGAACAAACCUGUGUGGUUCGGAGCUGACAUCAACAGUGGAAAGCAUUUCACUUAUGGCAACAAGGAUCAGGCAGCAAACUCUGUCACAGUCCAGAUGACCUUCAUCCGCCUGCUGUCCAAGGAGGCUUCCCAGACCAUCACCUACCACUGCAAGAACUCUGUGGGGUAUAAGGAUGAGAGGACGGGCAACUUAAAGAAAGCUGUGAUCCUCAAAGGCUCCAAUGACCUGGAGCUCAAAGCAGAGGGAAACAACCGCUUCAGAUACACAGUACUCGAGGACUCCUGCUCACAAGCAAAUGGCAAAUGGGGCAAGACAGUGUUUGAGUACAGGACACAGAAAACAGCAAGACUUCCCAUUGUGGAUAUUGCCCCUGUGGACAUUGGUGGUCUAGAUCAAGAGUUCGGCAUCGAUAUUGGGCCCGUGUGCUUCUUGUAGAAUCGUCAGCAGGGAUGCGUCGAGGAGAAUCCUGAGACUAUUGAACUGACAGCUGACACGAUCAGCCACAUUGUACAUACGAGUACUGAGAACUAUUCUGGCCCUGUGGCAAGAUAUUUAUUGUGCCUUUUGACCCAGUUCAAUACAUAGAUUUGUAAGUUUAGAUGAAUGUUUGGAAUUUACAUAAGAAAUUUGGUAAAAAUCAUAAUCAUUCCUUUGUCUUCGUGUCAACAUUUGCCAUAUGGUUCAAAUAUUUCAAGUUUGGUCCAAGGAGGCUCCCUUUAUUUUUAUUUCACAAGCCAUUGCCAAAGAUUUUUGAAUAUACAACUUUAAAAUGUUAAUUGUAACUGCUGUUCAUAGGCCCAGAAGAAUCCCACCACUACUCAUUUUUACUGAUUUGUCUGUUCUUUUUUAUGUUAAAUGUUUGAAUAUAAAACAACAUUGUGGUGCUAUUGAGGAAACAAAUACAGCUGAUGAUGCAUUCACCAGCACAGAUAUUUUAAGACAGUUUUGAUGAACCAAUGUAUCCAGUUCUUUUAAACUCUGUACCAACCACACAGAACAUUAAAGACACAUUAAGACUGUCAAUUCCUCAGUGUUACUGUAGCUACCUCGUCACCGAAACUGAGAAAAUGAUGACAAUACAUGUAAAUCAUUUUUUUUUUCCACAGGUGCUGUUUUGUAAGUAGUGUGAUCCUUGUGCACGUCUCCCAGCUACACGGUACAGGGCAGGGUUUGGUGAUCAAUAAAAACCUUUCUGUCAAAGAUGGAGAGAUGAACGAGGUGUCAUAUGAGUGGUGUGUGUGGUGAUUUGUAACUUUUUAUUUCCAAUCCUUCAGCUUCAGUAUCGUACAGUAAAAGGUAGCACAGAAUAUUUUAUUCUUAUGCAUGUCAUUUCCCUCUUUGCAGUAUCUUGGACUUAUAUACUCCUGAAAUCCUUUUAUCAUCUGCUUUACAGAACAAGAUGGCUGUGAAUGCCUGUUUGCUUUGUAUCUCAUGCUAUGCAAUUAAACAAAAUGCUUGUUAAUCCCCCCAAAGCUCUCGUCAUAUUACUUCAGGUAAAGCUAGGUCUUUUACGCUUGUUAUUUUGCACACAGACUUAGAUUUUUAUAGUUAAAAAAAGUACUUGAGAUAAUUAUAGUUGUUUUUAAUGUAAGCUGUUUGUUUUAAAUCUGUAUGAAUGUGCAUUCAAGUAAUACUAUUGUGACCAUCUGGUUUAUAUUUGAAUAUAUUUAUUACAAGAUGUGUAAAAAUUUGCAAGACCUGACUGCCUGCUAACACCCCAGAGGCAGAGACGGGGAGGAGGAGAAGGAGGUGGGGGGCUUUCCACACUGGAAGCAGAUGCAUUUCAUCCUUUGAAAAUAAAUAUUGAAAAUACUUCUCUCUGCCUGUUCUUGUCUGAGGAGAGUUUCUUAAAAAUCAGUACUAUAAUAGAGUAAUGUCAAUCUGAACUCGUGAGGCAUAUAAACAGAAAAUCAGUGAAGGUAGGAAAAUGUGAUACCUGACCACAAGAUUAAUAUCAAUGUAGCUGAGUAAGCAGGACAAUGGCAGAGUGGACUGUUCCUGAAACCUCACCCACAUUACAAAUCUCACAAGUAUCUGCAAAACAUUCAAAUGAGAAUCCUGAGCCAUGCUAGCAGCUCUGUGAGGCUGCUUUUACACACAGCAGCGCUUUGAGCUACAUGCUAACGUGCUCACAACAUGCUGAUGUUUAGCAGUUCAUAUUUAGUUUAGCAUGCUUUGCAGGUACAAUAUGUGGUCAUAGGGAGAUGUUAUUGUAAUACAUUUGAUAGUCUGGAACCACCAAGCGUGGGCUCUAGCAGCCAACGUGGCCACACUGAUAGAGUGGGUCAUUCUG